AUGGCGAUUACUCUAGAUGUAUUAUUCCCCAACACUACGCCAUGGACCUCGAGCCAUCGCAAACACAGGCAACUUCCCAUCUUCGAGAGCGGCCAAGGUGUCAAAGGGACAGUUGUUCUGUCGUCGAAAGACCAGAGAGCUCCGGUAUCUGGCAUCGUGAAAAUCGCCUUAGAAGGAACACUGUUUAAUCAUGUCGACCUCGUGGGGGAAUCCCCGGCAAUGCUCUAUCAUACAUACGUUUAUCAAAAGAUUAUCAAUUUGAACGCGAUCUAUCCAGAGCAACAGAUGAUCAGCGACGUAGAUCAAUGCUACCACUUCCGAUUUCUGGUGCCGGAUAGUCUAACAGGCCCCGUGUCGAACAAAUACGGCCAGCAAAUCCCCUCAUCGCUGCAUAUCAACUUCUCACCAGCGAGUCAUCGAGCAGCGGUCUCAUGUUCUAAGGGAACCUGCAAGAUUGACUACCGAAUACGUGCGCAGUUCCUAGUGGAAGGGCGCUGUGUGGUGGAAACGACUCGGCCGUUCACAUUGUGGGCUUCGCAGGGACGGCAACCACCAGUCUGCACCGAAGACUUCCCCGGAGAAUACAGACUUUCUGCCUUGAAGACUCUCCGCCGUCCGUUACUCCAACCGGCUGGGAAACUACACGUCUAUAGCCACGAGCCACUGCCUCUUGAAUUUUCGCCGGAGAAAGAGGGCGCCGCGACAUCAGUACGACUGCGGCUCCGAUAUGGACCGCUGAAGAACGGCGGCGCCAUGCGAAUACCUCCGCCACGGUUCUAUGGGAUCGUUCGCUCGAAUCUCACGGCCAGCACAUUCAUCUCUAUUCAACCGCAACGGCGAUCACCAGCAACGUGUGAUGCUGCCGCGUUUCCGUUCACCUUCGAAACGCGCAAGUCCUACCCCAGCCAGCUCAGGAAGAUUUGCUUUCCCCGCUGGACACGAUCAGAAACGGGUGCUGAGAGUAUCUGGGAAACCGAGGCAGAGAUGACAUUCAAGUGCCACCAUCCUGCAUAUCUAACACCGUCAUUUUCUUCCAUGCUUGUCUCCAGAAGAUACAGUUUGAAAAUGUAUAUGGUCAUUUCCGGCCACGGCCACGCUGCGGUGAAGCUGGAGCUCCCCAUCCAGGUCGUCUACACAGGCAGGAGGUUCCUACCGUCGGAAGAAAUCAUGUAUCUGAGUGACCCUGUAGAGGAUAUGCCGCCAGCAUAUAGCCCAUAG